GUAAAUUCCAAACUGCCAUCCCCUUUAAUCUUCUUGUGAACCCCUGCAGCCACAGCACAUCAGACCACCAUCUCCCUUGUUUCUUGCAAUCUCCAUCAGCCACUUUAAACUGAAUUUUGUUUGAGAGAGAAAGAGUCAGAUGGCUUAUGCUGCUGUUAUUUCUUUAAUGAACACAAUUGAGGGUCUCCACAAUUCUUCUCGUAUUACCUUUGAUGUCACCACCCCUUGUCCAGAAAUCAUAGAACCGGCUUACGAGGAGUUGAAGUCCUUGCAAGAAGUUCUUAAAAGAUUGGAUGGGAGCAGCAAGAGUGGCAGCAGGAAGAAGGUGAAUGCUUUGGAUUCUCAAAUCAGAGAUGUUGUUUCUCAGUUUGAAGAUAAACUUGAAUCUCAUAUCUCAAAUCAGUUUCUUUCACAAUCUAAUGAAAAGCAUUAAUGGAGAUGAGAGCCAUCCAUUGCUAGUGUCCAUUGACCUGCAGGAUUUAAGGAAAGAUUUUUGUUCUUUUGUCGAAAUGGCAAAGCGAAUGGAGGAGCAGUAUGUUGAUCGGUUAAUCAACAUGACUGAAGAAGAAGAAGAAGAAGAUGAUGAUAAUGAUGAAGUUGUUUCCUCCAGAAUUGAUUUAAGUGGAAAUAUGCCACAUUCAAAGAUGGUUGGAUUCUCUGAUCUGUUUGACCUAAUCAAAGAUGGGAUCAUGGGGGAUGAGAGGUUCCGUGCUUUAUCAAUUGUAGGAAUGGCGGGCAUUGGUAAGACUACUUUGGUUAAUGAGAUUUUCCAAGACAAAAUGGUUGCGAGUCAAUAUGACUGUCGCGUAUGGGUGAAAGUUGGUAGAAAAUUUCUAUUACAUGAAAUUGCACGGGACAUUCUAGCUCAAGUGGAACAUCCAGUUACGGACAAGGAGAUUGCAGAGAAGGGGGUAGCUUUCUACUUAAAAAAUUUUUUGAAGAAGAGAUGUCUUAUUGUACUGGAUGAUGUAUGGGACAGAAGUGUCUGGGGUUACUUGAGAAGUUCUUUUCCUGAAGAUGCGAGCUCUCAAACCUUGCUCACAACAAGACUACAAGAAGUUGCUCUUGGUGCUCUGAAUUUGAAUAUUGAUGGCAUCAAAGAAAUGCGCUUUUUGGACAAGGAAGAAAGUUGGGAUCUUCUCCGUGACAAGGUGUUUGGUCAGGAUUCAUGCCCACUUAAACUUGAGAAAGUUGGAAAGAAGAUUGCUGAAAACUGUGGAGGCCUUCCUCUUUUGAUUGUUAGGGUUGCUGGCCUCCUGUCCAAAGCCGAGAAGACACCAGAGUACUGGAAUGAGGUGGCAGAGAAACAGAACUUAGUUUUUGUGGAUGCAUAUGACCAAAUGAUAGAGGUACUAUAUCCAAGCUAUGAGUAUUUACCUCAACAUCUAAAAGCAUGCUUUCUUUAUAUGGGCGUUUUUCCUCAAAAUUAUGAGAUUCCUCGAUCCAAGCUCAUCAAUAUGUGGAUUGCCGAGGGUACAUUUCUUGAGCUAAGUAUGCUUGAAAAAUCAGACUAUCAUGCUAUUAACUAUUUGAAUGAGCUUACUUCUAAUAGUGUUAUCAGCUUCCACCGAGCGACCUGUUGGUGGCUUGCUGGACAAGAACUUAUGAAGACACUGAGAAUUCAUUCCGCCUUUGGGUAUAUGGCUACCAAAAUUGCUAGGAUGACGAAUUUUUUUCAUGUUAUAAGAAGUCGUUUUGAUGGUUUAGAAGAAGAUAUAAAAUUACAACAUCGACUAUGCAUCCACAAUAACAUUUUAUUGGGCAUCAAAGUAUUUUACAAGUCUAUGGAAAAUGAUUGUGCAUCCAUUGUGCGUUCUCUCCUUUUAUUUGGGUCCCUAUUAUCAGUAUCCAGUGUCAGUAUCUGUCAAUAUGAGGCUGCUUAGAGUUCUUGAUGCUCUUAACAUCCGCUUCUAUGAGUUCCCACUUAAGGUACUUAAACUAGUUCAAUUAAGAUACCUUGCUCUCACAUACAACGGAAAUCUCCCUACUUCGAUAUCCAAACUUCGAAGCCUUCAAUUUUUAAUAAUCCAUAGACAUGUGAGCGUUCAAUCUUGUGGAGAUCUCUCAUACAAGUAUGUGCCGUUGGAGAUAUGGGAUAUGCAAGAACUAAAGCAUAUUGAAGUCAUGAGAAGCAACCUACCAGAUUCUAAUUGUAGUCUUUCCUUAAAAAAGCUCUCCAGACUUUUAGGUGUGAGUGCUUACAGCUGUACUAAGGGGGUGCUUGAGAGAAUCUCCAAUCUGAAAAAGUUAGGAAUUCAAAUUGAACUGGUACCUGAUGAAGAUAGUAGGCUCUUUGGUCCCUUGAAUUGCAUUGGUACUCUAAAUGAACUAGACUCUCUUAAAUGUGUUGUCGUGAAUCCUGAGAUGAGUUGUUGUGUUAUUCCUCCGCCUGCCCCUUGUUCAAUGUUCCUGCCAAAUCUGCGAAAGUUGACUCUGAGUGGCCUAGGCUAUCCUUGGGAAUACAUGAGUAUAAUUGCUAAGCUGGAAAAUCUUACCGUGCUUAAAUUGCAAUGCUAUGCCUUUCAAGGCCCAAAGUGGGAAAUAAAAGAGAACGAAGCCUUUGGCUUUGGAUUCCUUCAAAUUGAAGACACUGAUUUGGCUGAAUGGAAAGUGGCGCCUGGCGGUAUGCCAUGGAUUAGGAAAUUGAGCAUGAAACACUGCUACCAUUUAGAAGAGCUCAAUUGGGAACCUGAUAACUACAUGAUUAGGAAGAUAGAAGUGGUUGAUUGCAACCCUUCACUUGUGGCCCGUGUAAACCAAAUUGAAGCAGCUCAGUUGGCAAGGAAAUAUCGUAACCUUGGCAUUUCUCUCCAUUCCUCAUGGGUUGAUGGGAAACUCAAGUCGACAACAACCCCGGUCGAGAGGGUAAGGACAUUUUGGGAUAGGGUUCCUUUGAAUUCGGGGAAUAUGAUUUAAAACCACACAGAUACAAAUUGAAGAGUCUGGUCUGAUUGGUGAUGAAUACUUCGGCUCCUUCGCUUUUGGAGCACAUUGAAGCUUACACCUAAAAGAGAACAUGGACCUGUCCUUGCACCUAACAAAGAUUUUGAGACUUGAUGAAAUGUGCAUGUAUUAAGAACGAAGUUCUUAUAAAUGGAAAAGACGGCCUCCAAAUCGCAAAAGUCGUGACCUUAUGAAAACAAAAGGAUAGAAAAGAGAAACAAAUGGUGAAAUAAAGGUGAAACUUCUAUUUUGAGGGUCUAAUCUUGUCUUGAAUUGAUCUCAAGUUUGGGGGAG